AUGGCCCGGCCGGUGCAGCUGGCGCCUGGCUCGCUGGCGCUGGUGCUGUGCAGGCUGGAGGCGCAGGAGGCGGCGGGGGGCGCGGAGGAGCCCGGGGGGCGCGCGGUGUUCCGCGCCUUCCGCCGCGCCAAUGCGCGCUGCUUCUGGAACUCGCGGCUGGCGCGCGCCGCCUCGCGGCUGGCCUUCCAGGGCUGGCUCGGGCGCGGGGUGCUGCUGGUGCACGCGCCCCCGGCGUGUCUGCAGGUGCUGCGCGAAGCCUGGUGCCGCCGGGCGCUGCGCCCCCCGCGCGGCUUCCGCAUCAGCGCGGUGGGUGAUGUCUUUCCAGUGCAAAUGAAUCCGAUAACUCAAUCUCAGUUUAUUCCUUUGGCUGAAGUUCUUUGCUGUGCUAUAUCUGAUAUGAAUGCUGCUCAGAUUGUAGUAACACAGGAAUCACUAUUGGAACAUUUGGUGAAACAUUACCCAGGCAUUGCAAUUCCAUCUCAAGAUAUUCUUUAUACCACUCUGGGAACUCUGAUUAAAGAAAGAAAGAUUUAUCACACUGGAGAAGGAUACUUCAUAGUUACGCCUCAAACUUAUUUCAUCACAAAUACAACUACCCAAGAAAAUAAAAGAGUCCUAUCAGAUGAAAGUCAUCCAAUGCCAACUACCAUUACGUAUCUGGUAAGCAUGGAGAGUUGUGCAGAGUUAGCCAAGGAAAAUGCUGCUCCUGUUUCCCAUUGUCAGUCUUGCCAGUGCUUCCCUGAUGUUUGCACUCAGCAUGGACUGGAAUCACCAGCUGCUGCAGAAGUGACUAGAAAAGGACAGAAAGGACUUGGGGAAUCCAAGUGUUUGGUACAGAAUCGAGCAGUUUCAGCGUCUGAAGAGAAUCACAUCUGUGAGACCACCAAACCGUUACCAUGCACAAAAGAUAGAGAAAAAGGCAAGAGGUUUGGCUUUAACCUCUUCUGGCGCAGUAUAUCCAGAAAGGAGAAGUCCAGAGCAGAGCACAGCAGUUUCUCUGCUCAGUUCCCACCAGAGGAAUGGCCUGUUCGAGAUGAAGAUAACUUGGACAAUAUCCCUCGAGACAUUGAACAUGAGAUAAUCAAACGCAUUAAUCCCAUUCUGACUGUUGACAACUUAAUCAAACAUACAGUCCUAAUGCAAAAAUAUGAAGAACAGAAAAAAUAUAAUAGUCAGGGCACAUCCACCGAUAUGCUGACAGUCAGACAUAAAUAUCCUUCAAAAGAGGGAGUUAAGAAAAAACAGAGCAGAUCUGCAAAGCCUCGAAGGCGGGGCCAUACUCGGAGGGACAGACACAAAUCCAGGAGUCAGGCAGGUGAGCCUCAGCCUGGAAGCAUUAGGCUAGAGAAACACCCCAAGCUCCCUGCUACACAACCCAGCUCUAGAAUUAAAAGCCCAAAUGAAGCACUUCAGAAACCACUUGGUGAGAGUUCAUCAGUGCUAGCUUCCCAUUUGAUUUACAAAAAGAGAAUCAGCAAUCCUUUCCAGGGUUUGUCUCCCCGAAGGAACCCAAUAACCAAAGGUCACAAACUCCAGAAGACUAGUGAUCUGAAACCCUAUCAGAUUGGACCAAAGGGAAAACCUUUCCAAAGAGUAAGGUGUUUGGAGUCCUCAGGAAUGUUUGCAAGGGAAGCCAAACAGCCAUAUGCUGAACAAUGUAAUGAGGAAAUGAAAGUAGAACCCACUUAUUUGGCUAACUCAACAGUCAAAUCUAACAAUGAUGACUUUAGAGAUCACCUCUUAAGUUACCCCCAGUGUAGUGUUUUGCAAAAUGAUAGUACAUGCAGUUCCUUUAGGGAAGGCAUGUUGGGAUAUCAUGGAUAUAGUGGAGAAAAUGAGGUAGCCCCUGAAAUUUUGAGAAAAUGUUUUACUCACUUUGUCACUUUAGGGGAGAUGAAAGAAACACAGCAUAUCCUGCCAGUGCGCGCUUCCUCCUCUUUAGACCAAACACCCUCUGCUUGUGAAUUAGUUGAUAAAACAACACACCAGUUUCAAAAGCUUGGUCUUUUGGAUUACCCAGUUGGUGCAAACCAAGUGGGACAACCCCAGAGACAAGAUAGAGAUUCAGAAGAAGAAUUAAUGACAAAGGCGUUUGUCCGGGACACAGAGGCCGCAUGUCUAGAAAAUGAAAGACUUGACCAGACCUUGUAUCAGAAUGAAGUGGAAGAUGAGGAUGGUGCCUGCAGUUCAUUAUAUCUAGAUGAGGAUGACUUCUCUGAGAAUGAUGACUUAUGUCAAGUGCAGCCUGGGCACAUUCAGUAUUCCUGCAGAGAUGGACGCAAGUGGAAUCAUUUAGGAAAACAGAUCACCCAAAGAUCUCUGACUGAGCACAGUAGCAAUAUACAUAGUUUUGAGCCUCAGGUCCUUAGAGGAAAUGAAUGUUACUCACCCACUGGACUGCUCACUAACCCCAGUGAAAGCCAAAAACCUAAUCUCUCCACUGAAAGCUGUGGCCUCAAUUCCGGGACCCAGUCCAGUUUUAACUAUGAAGAGGCGUGCAGUGUUGCUCAAUGUGUACCAGCCUCAGCCCCUGCUGAUGGAAGUAUGUUUGAUUACUAUAGCACAAGAAAAGUCAGUUCUGGGGCUGAAACCCUACAAGACUCUGUUGGUGACACAGGAGAAAAAGCAGCUAGCUGGAGUCAGGGUCCUCAGAAUCAGGAAAUGAGAACACAGUUCACACAAAAGUUAGAACUUUUUAAAACUUCACACAUGCAAGUGUUGGCUCAGGAUAUCCAACAUGAACACAGCCACUUGGAAGGAACAGAAAAUCAUAGCAUGGCGGGAGAUAGCGGAAUAGAUUCUCCACGGACACAAAGUCUGGCAUCUAAUAAUUCAGUCAUUUUGGAUGGACUAAAAAGAAGACAGAAUUUUCUGCAGAACUUUGAAGGCACAAAGAACAGUCAAACACUUACACCCAAUUCUUUACUACAACUAACUCCAGUUAUAAAUGUUUAGUUCUUAUUUUUCUUUUGGAAACUUUUGUAAAAAUGUACAGCAUCACUACUGUUUUAAUUAACUGAGUAUGUAAGAAUUCUCUAAAGCCAAGCAUAUGUGCUAUUAAUCUUUUUUCCUUCUCUUUACCUUUAUUUAUUAUUAUUUUUAAUUUUUUAAAAUUUUCUUACAUCAUAAGUCAUCUUUCUAUAGUUAUUGUUCCCCUUAGGUGUGGUCUUCCCCAUGCUAUUAAUUUCAUUACAUAUUUUGUUCUAGUUACUAGCGUUUCUCUUUUUUUAACAUUAAAGCUUUUUAAGCUAAUUUUACUAUGAAUUUAUUGGGAAUACAUAGAUUGUUUGCAAUAAAAAUAUAUUGAACCAUUUGUUUUCUUUCCAAUUAAAUGUAAUAUUCAGACACUCUUUGGUUUCUCACAUUCACAACUUCACCUGGCAGUGAAUUUCUCUAUGCACAUUACUACUGAGUUCUUAUGUUAAGUGAAUCUCCCCAGAAUUCAAUAUAAAAAUCCAGAAAAUAGUGUUUUGGGGCUACAUGGACAUUUUGUUUGCAGCUAAUGUCUUAUCAUUAUCUAAGGAUUUAUAUAGGUGUGUUGGGUACUUUGCAACAAGCAUUCUUUCCAUCCAGGCAUUGCUGCCAAGGAUCUUCUCUGCAGUCAGCUUGAACUCUCAACAAAUGGCUCCACAUUGAGACUGACAAUGUCCAAAAUACCUGUGGCAGUAGGUAUCCUCCUCUGCUAUUUCCCUGGUUUGAACUUCCCACAUUUAAGGCUCUCUCGAGAGCAUGACAAUGAGAAAUCAGUAUGUUCUCAUGUGGUAGAGAUAGACAGGAAGGCAUAAGAGUUAUAAAAAGACUUGAGGGCCUCCCUGGUCCUAAUCCCCACAAGGGAUUAGGACACAACCUAUGAAGCUCUCCACAGCCACUGUAGCACAAGUUCCAUCCCCAGCCAGGGAGCUACCCACAUGGUGCGGCAGACCUCUCCUGACUCUCCCGCUGCUCCCCUCAGCAGUGUAUUUCAGUCAUUCCACCUGUUCUGCUCCCUGCUCUGUCUCUGGUGAAUCCUCUCACCCACCCACGCCUCUGGCCUGUGCCCCAGUUCUUGUAUGCAUAAAUAAAUAAAUCUUAAAAAAAAAAGACUUGAGUGAAAGGGAAGUUCUGAAUUCAAGUAAAGAUGGAAGAUGGGGUCUCCCCUGGUGGCGCAGGCGGUUGAGCGCCACGCUGUGAAGUUGUCCGUAGCCUCUGUAGUGCCAGUUUGAUCCCGGCCGACCAACGAGGGCCCCACGUGGCACAGCAGACCAAUCCUGUCUAGCCCGCUGCUAUCCUCAGUAGUGUAUUUUGUCAGUCUGCCUCUUAUGUUCCCCGCUCUGUGGUGUAUCCUCUCACCCUCCCACGCAUCUUGCCUGUACCCCGGUUCUUGUGUAAAUGAAUAAA